AUGCUGGGGAGUCAGUCGGGGCUGUCGGGACUGCCAUCGGGGGCGCGGAGCUGGGACCGGCCCCGGGAGCCCUUGGGAAGGCGGCGGCGGACCACGUUCAGCCGGGGGCAGCUGUCGGAGCUGGAGCGAGCCUUCGCCGCCGUGCCCUACCCGGACAUCGCCACCCGGGAGCGCCUGGCCGAGCUCACCCAGCUGCCGGAGGCCAAGAUCCAGGUCUGGUUCCAGAACCGCCGCGCCCGCAGGAUCCGUAGCGCCAAGCCGGAGCCGCCACCGCUACCGCCGCUGCCGCCGCCCGGGGAGCGGGGUCCCCCCGCGGCACCUCCCGACGGCAGCAUCCCGUGCCCGGCCCCUGCCCUGCCGCCGCCGCCAUCCCACAGCCCCGCUCGGGGCCUCCCCACCUCGCUGGGCUCCAUCUCCGACCUCAUCUACAGCGCGGCCAUCACCAACCUGGGCGAGCCAUAGGGGUGGCAAGGACCCCUGGCUUCUAGGGACUCUCCUGGCACCGCGCCCCCCCCGGAUUAGCGCCACGAUUUCAUUAGGGUGCGGAAUUACUGCCGGUCCCAAAGGCUCCGAGGAUGUCAUCCAAUAUCCUAAAUGCCGGUGCGGCCACAGCAGGGGCAGCUCCCCAUCAGCUCCCUAAUACCGACUAAUCUUUUGGAAAAAAUACCUUAAUCUGAGGCCGUAUCCACGGAUGAUUGUGGCGCGGCCGCCCCUAAUCCACAGGCGCGUUCGCAGGUGCCGGCAGAGCUCCCUGGAUCAGAUAUUAAACCGUGUUUCCAGGGGGGCUUAGCUGCCAUCAGAGCAUUAAUCACUGUGUCUGGCCCUGGCAGAGCGCCCACCCGGCAGGUGUCUGGUGUGGGUGUCCCCUCUCUGCUGUGGGUGCAGUGAGCUGGCUCUGCUCUCUGUCCCACAGCACCUGAGAGACCCCUGGGCUCAGUGUUGAAGGGUGCUCCCUCCUUGCCUCCAGAAUCUGGGCACCCUUUGGCAGGGUGUUGGGAGCACCGUGCAUCCCUCACUGUGCAGGCACAGGAAGGUUUGGACAGGAGAUGGAGCAGGAUGCAGAGGGAGAGGGAAGAUUCACAUCUCAGCCGUGUCUUAGACACCACAACGUUUCUCAUACCAACAGAAACCUCCCAACACGCAGCAAGAAAGUUAGAAACACACAGUGUUAUUUAUUCCCAGAAUAAAAGGACAGGAAUUUCCCAGAACAGGGAUAGCAGGAGCUGAUGCCUCUCUCCCUGCUGGGGUGGUUGGAAU